GGCAAAUCGUGAGAGGCGGUGGCGCCAAGGUUCUCGAUGUUGGCGUAGAAGUUGCCGACGCAGCCGGCCAUGAGCUCCUUGCUGAGGAGCUUGAGGGCCGUGGUGAGGGGUAGCGCGAGGAGGGAGAAGAGGUAGUCGAUGGCUUCCUUGCUCGCCUCCGCGAACAGCACCUGCUAGGAGACGCGCAUGUGCAGCUAAGGGUGCAAACGGGAUCCCACGAAAGUGCUGCUUCUAGUUCAAUUCUCACUUAUUCAAAUUCUGAACAAAAUUUUGAAUAAAAGAUUUGUGAAAUGGACUAGAAGCGGGACUUUCGCGGGGAUCCCGUUUGCAUUCCUAUGUGCAGCGUGUGAACCGAACCCCACUUUCCCGAUCAAGCCGGCAAGAUCAACACCACAGCUGAUGGACAAGGUUCAAAAUCGUCUUUAUUCCAACGCUAUCUCUGCUAUUUAUUCCAAAGCUAUCUCGAGUCCAAAACACGACUUCCCCGGCAAACAGUGGCUUCCCGGAACUCCUCCGAGCACGGAGCCACGGAGCACCCGGCGUCACGUUCCCCGGAAGGCUCGCCCGAACCAGCAGUUCGACCAUCCACCGUCGCCAUCCGCGCGCCCGAACCACGAGACGAUGGCGUUCCAAGAAGAGGACCAACACCGGCGGCACGCGCCCCUAUCCGACCUGUCGCGCCCAGGCCUGCCAAACCCGCAGCGAUCGCCGUAGAAAAAUAAAAGAACAAACACCGGAAAUAUUCGAGCUUUUGCUUUUGACCCGGCCUCUGCAAAUAUGAAAGAUCCUAUUCUCAAAAAAACAAAAAGAAAAAAAAAAGAUGAAAGAUCCUAACUAACCCGCACGGAUUAACCGCAUCACCGCCACGGAACCACCCUCCCGCGCGCCACGCAGCCUCCUCAGCUCACCUAUAGUCUCUCGAUCGAUCUCCCCUUCCCUGCUUCCUCUCAAACUAACUAAUUAACUAACCAGGGCGGCAGCCGCGCGCGCUGAGAGCUCGCAAGCCCUGAUCGAUCGGACAAGCCAGGCAACCAACGACAUGGAACGCAGGCAUCACCACCACGGGCCGGCGCAGGUGCCGCGGCGGAAGGUGGCGCCGGCGGCGAGCCAGGAGUGGCUGGUGGUGCCGGCGGCGGCGGGCGCGGAGGAGCGGUCCGGGGAGUUCGGGCGGCACCGGAUCAUGGAGAUGACGGGGCUGCCGGCGCGGGACCUCCGCGUGCUGGACCCGCUCCUCGCCUACCCGUCCACCAUCCUCGGCCGCGACCGCGCCCUCGUCGUCAACCUCGAGCACGUCAAGGCCAUCGUCACCGCCGCCGAGGUGCUCGUCCGCGACCCAAACAACCCGCGCCUCCAGCCCUUCCUCCUCGACCUCCGCGCCCGCCUCGCGCUCCCGGAUGCAUCUAGCACGAUUCUGGAAACCGGCGGCGGCGACGAGAGAGAGCAGGGUGAGAGGAGCGGCCCAAUGCCUGCGCUCGGCAGGUCCGUCAGCGCCAAGACCCAGCCUUUUGAGUUCAAGGUGCUCGAGGUCUGCCUCGAACACACAUGCAAAUGCAUGGAAUCUGAGACGUCGGCUCUAGAGAAGGAGGCGUAUCCGGCCUUGGAUGAGCUGACCUCCAAGGUUAGCACGCGGAACCUGGAACACGUCAGGCAGAUCAAGAGCCGCCUAGUCGAGCUAUCAGGGCGCGUGCAGAAGGUGAGAGAUGAUAUCGAGCACUUGCUAGACGACGACACGGAUAUGUCCGAGAUGUACCUGACGAGGAAGCUUGCAUCUCAAGGAUUCAAUGAGUCGUUGGGCAGAGUUGAAUCGAAUAAGCACUUAUCAGCUGAUCAUGAUGAGGAGAAGUGUACUUCAAGGGAGGAAGAAGAGCUUGACGAUGACACGGAGAGCGCCCACGAGAGUUCUGCUAAUGUUAAGCCAAAUAUCCAAGAGUUGGAAAUGCUUCUUGAGGCUUACUUCGUGCAGGUUGAUGGCACGCUGAACAAGUUAUGCCAUAGUACCAAUAUCCCCAGGACCAACCAAUAUGCAUGUAACAGGAUUUGGUCAUUUCAAAGAACACUCAAGCCGCCUUCAGUAGCUCAUGUCAGCCACCAAGUAGCACGAAAUAUUCCUUCUGCAUCUAAUAUAGCUGCAGUUGAUGUUCUGUCUCUCCUUAGGAUUACAAAGGUGCUCCUCAUAACGUACAGAUACCCGGGGUCUGCGGGAGGUGUCUCUGACAGUGUCAGAGAUUCCAACUCAGAGAAGAAUCUUGAGUCCUGGCUGAUGCGAAGUUGAUCUAGCAGUUUGAAUUUCCUGCUAAUUAAACACUUAGUUUGUCUUUUGUGCAACUGAUGGAAUGAGUUUUCUUUUGUGGUUCCAUGUGAUGAGGUUGUCAAUAUAGGGAACAGAUACAGGCAUGCAGUAUACGUAUCACUUAUGUUAAAUUAGUUUUUUAACCCAUCGGUGCAAUUCCUGAAUACAAAAGCUGUGUGCUUGUUGUUUGAUUGUAUAAUGUAUCUCAAGCUUCUUAUGUUUGCAA